AUGUCGUCUACGUCUAAGAAAAGAGCAGCACCUUCCGUGACCUCGUCCUCCUCCUCCCAGUCCAGCAGAUCCACCGCCUCAUCCAACUACUCCCUCUCCCGCCUCCCCCCAACCGACCCGGAACGUCGUCUCAAUGCAGCAGACGUCCGUCGCCAGGUAUCCAACGCCCCGACUGUCUCCAGAGCCAAGCGCGACGCGAAGAAGAUCUGGAACCGCUCCGGGCCCGUCAAACAAAACUUCCCAUCGCCUCACAAAUUCCACAACCAAGAGCGCUUGGUUCUGAGUUCUCCGCCGCCGUGGCUGGAACAAGUCAUUGCUCCAAAGGGACGGGAUCACAGGCAAGGCGAUCCUAAAGGAAGGGCGAGGGGCGUCUUUAAUAAGAGUGACAAGUCGACGGUGGAUGUUGCUUAUCAUGAAAAGGACCUGUCGGCCGGGGAUACUGGGUUUGUGAAGGCGGACUAUAGGAGCAAGGUCCCGAGUGUCCACGGGAAGUCGAAGAAAAAUAAGAAGCAGAAGACUUCUUGA